UUGUAGCAAAAGGAGACCUCAGGAAAACAGGGAAGGGGGAAACGAUAUGAGAACAAGCCCUCGAAACUCAGCAGGAGCCACCCCUAAAAAGACAAAAGUCUCGGAUGUCAGUCAUAGAUUGGCAGAGAUAGAAAAGCAGACUACAAAAUUUAAGGCAAGGCUUAUCGAGCAGAUGAUGGUCGAGGAUGAAGAAGACCCCCAGGGCGCAGGGUCACGUGAAGGACGCAGGACCGGUCAGGACGAGGCUAGGUAUGAGGGGAAGGAUAAUAGCCACAAAGGAAUGCCUAGUAAGAAGGGGAAGGACAAAAACGACCCCCCGACGGAGGAAACGAAAAACGCUAUGACCCCACCCGCCAUCGACAACGGCACUAGCAGACUGCACGCGACGCCGAAAAUAACAGGGGCAUGUGACGGACUCUGGAAGCUUAGGGAAAGAGUGCUAGGAUGGUUCGACCCAGAAGGAACACCGAAAACCAGGGAGAAGCAGAGGGAAAGCAGGGAAGGGGAAGGCACCAGUGCGGCCGGAGAAGCGAGUGGCUCCGAAGAUGGCCUCGAGAGGGUAGUCGCCACCCUCACCAGAACACUAAACAAGAACCAGGGGUAUCUCGCAGAUGCAAAGAAGAAACUCAUGUUCGACGGGGCCAACAUUACGGAGUUUUUAAUAGACUAUGAGAACCUAGCAGCCUUACUGAAAUGGACGGAAGAGGAAAAGAUGGAGCACCUAGGGCAGCACGUGUCGCUAAGCUUGGGAAGGGACAUUAUGGCCAUCGUCGCCUCCAGUGGAUCAUGGAAAGAAACCACGAAUGAGAUGAUGAGGAAAUACGUAAAGGCAGAGAAAAUGGCGACAGAGGCCGAAUUAGCCGCAGUCCAGAGGAAAAACUAUGCGACUUACAACGAUUUCCUACGGGCAUUUACGUUAAGAAGGAUGCUUGCCGUCGCAGGGGAUAUGUUCCCGGAAAAGUGUGAACCAUAUAUAAAUGAUAAUCCCGUAAAAGGCGCAAGGUACAAGGACGAGAAGGAGGUCGAGCCGGGCGUACGAAAGUUUGUUUGGGACCACUUGCAGAAUAUUAAGGACCUACUCCAGCGCUUCCUUCUUUACAAUAUUACUGCAAGCGGUUCCAAGAGCAUCCUGGUCGUCCCGGAAGUAACCAUACUGGGAUUUCGAUGUGGAGCUUAUGAGAGGAGACCCGACCCAGCAAAGACGGAUAAGAUCUCACAGUGGCCGACACCCCUGCGCACCACGAUGGAAGUACGAGCCUUCCUAGGGGUGGUCGUGUUCUGGAGGAUUUUCAUCAAAGGAUUCGCAAAGAUAGCAGAGCCUAUCUGCGCAAUGAUUAUGGAAGGCGUCACUAUGGAUUGGACCGAGGAUAGGGAAGCGGCAGCCCAGACCCUGAAAGACAUCCUGUCAUCCGAUCAGGUCACUCUAGCAGCACCCUGUUUCAAUGACGAGGUAGGACGGCCUUUCAUCUUAGAAACAGAUGGGGGACCGCUGGCAGUUGGAGGAGUAUUGAUACAGAAAAGCGAGGAGGGCAGGGAAAAGCCAAUCAGAUUUGAAAGUAGGACCCAAAAUUCUGCAGAACGGCGGUACUCACAGUUCAAGAAGGAGGUCUUAGUGAUUGUGCAUUGCCUUAAGACCUUUCAGGCAUACCUGUUCGGAAGGCGAUUUAUCCUAAGGAUCGAUCCCACCAACGUUGCCGGGGCCCGAAAGAACUACAAGCCUAUAGAUCCGACCGUUGGCAGAUGGAUAGGCUUCAUAUGGCAAUUCGACUAUAAGGUCGAGCGAAUUGCAGGGCUUCGAAAUAGGGCAGAUGGGCUAAGCAGGGUAUGUAUCACGCCUGAAGGAGUAGAGGACGCGGAACCAAUUGACGCCUUCCUGGAAUACAAAGGAGGGACCCUUGUUGUGGAUCAUGAGAUGGCAGAUCCAGCAACUACAACAGGUCAGUUGCUGAUUCAGACCUUGAAAAAGGGCGCACCUGUAGUGGUUGCAGAACUCAGGGAAAUUCCAGUCACCACGGUCAGACGCAAAGAGGAAAAGGACUCGUGGGGAGCAGAAGUAGGGGCCAAAGAGGAACUAAUGGCAAUGACCGUGGAGGGGGGACGGGACGCCGUGAUGACGUUGGCCAAAGCCUGGGCGCAGAAGGAGUGUCAGUAUCUAGUCAACCUCACUCGGGAGGAGCAGGGUACGGAUCAGAAGGAACAGGAGUUCUUCCUCAUACAUAUAUACGAGGGCGUCUUCAAAGAAAUCGGUCUGCUACUUGUAGGGAACAAACAACCCACGGAAGUCAGUCCCAAGGCAAGGGAGGAAAUCGAAAAGUAUGUCCUAAAAAAUGGCCACCUGUUCAAGAAAGAGGAAGGGAUGAUGAUACCUAGGCGUGUCGUUUGUGGGAGGUCUAGGCAGCUGGACGUAAUCCAGGCAAUGCAUGAUGGGCUAGCUGGAGGUCACCAGUCGUCCAAGGGGACACUUGCAAAGAUCGUGCCCCUGUACUUCUGGCUAGGAAUGGCAGGAAUGGUCGCGACGUAUUGUCAGACGUGUCUGAUAUGUCAAGAGAGGAGCUCCGUACGAGUCUACGAGCCCCUUAGACCCACUAGUGUACUGGGACCCGGACACCUUGUUCACCUCAAUCUUGCGGUUAUGCCCGUAUCGACGGAUGGGUUUAGAUGCAUCUUGGAUGCAAGGGAUAACCUUAGUGGCUAUGUACAAGCCGUAGCCCUCAAAAAGAAGACGGGGAAAGCAGUGGCCGAUUGGGUGGAAGAUUUCUACCUAAGACACCCCUUCGUGCGCAGGUUUAUAGCAGACAAUGGGACAAAAUUCGUUAACCAGGAAGUGUUGAACAGGCUUAAGACACUGUGUGUACCGAUCAAGAUCACCGAGCCCUACCAUCCUGAGGCAAAUACACCAGUAGAAAGGGGUCACCGAACUUUGAAGAACACAAUCGCAAAGUUGGCAGCAGAUAAUUUGGGAAAUUGGUCAUGGUUUCUCAAGCAGGCAGUCUUCGCCGAGAACAUGACUCCAAAAAGAACAACGGGAUGUAUUCCAGCAGAACUCUGGUAUGGAAGCGAGAUCGAUUUUUCGAUAGAAGCUUUGGUCCCUACCUGGAACAGGCUAGAUGACGACCCACACUUGAGCACGGAAGAGUUAAUCACCGCACGUUGUCAGUAGGCCGCCAGGAAUGAGGAGGCACUCGAAGAAGUAGUCAAUCGCGUGACGGACAACCGAAUGAGAGAUAAAGCAAGGUGGGACCA